UGAGGUGUUAGUGAUGGAGGGGGAGUCAGGUCUUUCUGCUCACACUCCUCCAUCCAUGAGUGCGGAAUCUCGCUGUAUCCUCUGAAGUGCUGGGGGAGGCCGACGGCACGGACUAUCUACAAAGCAGUUAAAAGAUACAAAGUAAAGUUAGUUUCUGGAGGCUAGACCGAUUUUUACAGAGGACUGCGACUGAAGCAAAAUAGCAUUUGAACGUUUUGGUUAGUUUUGACUUUGAGACGACUGCCGAGCGAAGUAGAGAUUGGGGUAAAAGUUUUUCCCUUUACCUUCGUUUCGAACGAGCGCAAACAAAAACCUCACGGGUGGGAUUUUCAGAAGAAAAACAAAUGAACUCGGUCGGAAAUCGCUUCGUUGGUUCUGUAAGUGAGUCUUAAACGUUAUGUUACUUAACGAAAUCAUCUUCACGCGAUCUUGAGGACGAGCACGCGUCUCUGCUGAGUAUUUUCACUGAUUUCAAGCGAUUCUCGGACGAGUCGAAAGAAAAAACUGAGUAACAUCUGAGUGAUUUAUUGAAAACCAAAAAGGCUACGACGGAGGAAGAAAUGUGGGGUUUCGUCCAGUGACUAUUUGGGAGUCUGUAUUUUAUGAACUUCUGAAUCUGAUCUGGGAUUGACUCUUUUCAGAAAGGAUUUGUUCCAGAAAGGAAAAGUGCUGAUGGUCCUAGCUGUUUUUAUGGAGAGCUGGGCUGGAUGCAGAGUUCAGAUGUAGAGAAUCCUUGAUAAUGAUGAUAAUGAUGAUGAAGACCAUGUUGCUGUUGAUCUCAGUACUCUUAACUCAGGCUCUUCAGUCCCAGGGCAGACCGGCCACCCACGAUGAGAUGUUAGCCCUGGUCGAGCCGACGCCGUACACCUUGUAUCCGGGGGACAAACUGGAGCUGACCUGUAAAGGUAAAGAGGAGACACAGGAAGUGACUUGGACUAAAGACCACGUUCCCCUGGUUGACGGAGAGCACAUCCACCUGCGCAACUAUCAGAUGGAGAUUGAAACGGUAGAGCCGGCCGACUCUGGUCUGUAUGCUUGCUUUGCUCAGGGACCCAACAGCAACCAUACAGAAUACUUCAAUGUCAACGUUACAGAUGGAUUGGCUUCCUCAGAAGAUGACGAAGAAGAUGAGUCUUCCUCGGAAGAGGCCAAGCUAUCAAGUGACCAGAAACUGCUUCCAAUGGCGCCUGCCUGGGCUCAACCUGAUAAGAUGGAGAAGAAGCUCCAUGCUGUUCCUGCCAGCAAAACCGUCAAGUUUCGUUGCCAGGCCAAUGGAAACCCUACACCAACACUCAAGUGGCUCAAAAACGGCAAAGAGUUUAAGAAAGACCAGCGAAUAGGAGGCUACAAGGUUCGAGAGCACAUGUGGACCAUCAUUAUGGAGUCGGUUGUACCAUCAGACAAAGGCAACUACACUUGCCUGGUGGAAAACAAAUACGGCAGCAUCAAUCACACCUACCAGCUGGACGUAGUCGAGCGUUCACCGCACAGGCCGAUUCUUCAGGCUGGGUUGCCUGCUAACCGUACAGUAAAGGUGGGGAGUGACGUGGAGUUUGAAUGUAAAGUCUUCAGCGAUCCUCAGCCUCACAUCCAGUGGCUGAAGCACAUUGAGGUCAACGGCAGUAGAGUCGGCCCUGACGGACUACCAUAUGUUCGGAUAUUGAAGCACUCUGGGGUCAACAGCUCGGACACACAGGUCUUGACGCUGUACAACGUGACCGAAGAAGAAAGUGGGGAGUAUAUAUGUAAAGUGGCCAAUUAUAUAGGCCAAGCCAACCAAUCAGCAUGGCUCACCGUCGUUAAACACUUGCAAGAAAUUCCCGCAACUCCACUGCCAAACCAGACCUACCUGGAGGUGCUGAUCUACUGCGUGGGCUUCUUCCUCAUCUGUGUGAUGGUGGUGACCACCGUGGUAGCCAAAAUGCACAGCUCGUCCAAGAAAAGUGACUUCAACAGCCAGCUGGCUGUCCACAAGCUGGCCAAGAGCAUCCCGCUGCGCAGACAGGUGUCUGUGGACUCCAGCUCAUCUAUGCACUCUGGUGGGAUGCUUGUCCGGCCUUCGCGCCUGUCUUCCAGUGGUUCCCCUAUGCUCUCAGGGGUCUCUGAAUAUGAACUACCCCAGGAUCCACGCUGGGAGGUGGCCAGAGACAGGUUGGUUCUUGGGAAGCCGCUCGGCGAGGGCUGUUUCGGGCAGGUGAUGAUGGCCGAGGCUAUCGGGAUGGAUAAAGACAAACCCAGUCGUGUCACCAAAGUGGCUGUGAAGAUGCUCAAAUCCGACGCCACAGAGAAGGACCUGUCAGACCUCAUCUCCGAGAUGGAAAUGAUGAAGAUUAUUGGCAAACACAAGAACAUCAUCAACUUGCUGGGGGCCUGCACACAAGAUGGUCCGCUCUACGUCAUUGUGGAGUUUGCUGCAAAGGGCAAUCUAAGGGAGUAUCUGCGUGCACGUCGUCCACCUGGGAUGGAGUACUGCUACAACCCCGACCAGGUGCCUGUGGAGAACAUGUCAAUUAAAGACCUGGUCUCCUGCGCUUACCAGGUGGCGCGUGGCAUGGAGUACCUCGCAUCCAAGAAGUGUAUUCACAGAGACUUGGCUGCCCGUAAUGUCCUGGUAACGGAAGAUAAUGUUAUGAAGAUAGCAGACUUCGGCCUGGCCAGAGACAUCCAUCAUAUUGAUUACUACAAGAAGACCACCAAUGGUCGUUUACCAGUGAAAUGGAUGGCGCCUGAAGCUCUGUUCGACCGCAUCUACACCCAUCAGAGUGACGUGUGGUCUUUUGGGGUGUUGCUGUGGGAGAUCUUUACUCUUGGCGGCUCACCGUACCCAGGUGUGCCUGUGGAGGAACUCUUUAAACUGCUAAAGGAAGGUCACCGCAUGGACCGCCCCUCCUCGUGUACCCACGAACUGUAUAUGAUGAUGAGAGAUUGCUGGCAUGCCGUUCCAUCUCAGAGACCUACAUUCAAACAGCUGGUGGAAGAUCUAGACCGCACCCUCUCUAUGACAUCCAAUCAGGAGUAUCUGGACCUGUCUGUGUCUCUGGACCAGUUUUCUCCAAAUUUCCCCGACACACGCAGCUCUACGUGCUCUUCCGGUGAAGACUCUGUGUUCUCCCACGACCCCGGUGCUGAUGAGCCCUGCCUGCCCAAAUUCCCCCCUCAUCCCAACCGCGGAGUGGCGUUUAAAAAGCGCUGAGCUCCCUCGCCUUCAGUUAGUCUCCAGUGUGCUACCUGGCUGGACUCAUGAACUCGUGAACUCUAGGAGACAAAGCUUUGCCACAGAGCACACUACAGAGCGGCCAAGAGCUCGGCACGGACUCCACAUAAUGAGACAGCGAGCUUCACAAAGCUGGAAGAGAACAAACUGGUCCUUCACAGACCCUUUUACCUGUUGUUGCGAUAAAGCUAUAGGGCACUUGAGCAGAAAGUGGCACACGUGUGUUUCUCUAGACUAUUUUCCUGCCAUCUGCAGUAGAGACAUCAGCAUCAUCGAAUGAGGAAAAGAUUAAUGGAUGCUGGGAGUGUUCAAAUAACAAGGACUUUUGACCAAAUUCGUAAGAAAAUGUACUCCACGCGGUUUAUCAGACUGACAGCCUUUCUUGUAAAUACAUCUAGAAAUGUAUAAAUAUGAAUAUAUAUUUACACUCUACUCUUAUUUUUAUGACACUAUUUGGAUUUUGUUGCUUUUUGUACCAGGAGGCGUUUAUGUAGAACUUUUUGAAGUGUAGCUUUUUUGAAAGGGACGGCGAAAAACGUCCACCAGAAUUGUAGAUGAAAUUAUAUUAUUAAGAGCUGAUAGAUGGCCAGUUUUGUUACUUAAUGUUGUUGUCCUCUAUCAUUGAUGCAGCUUGGCAGAAGUGGCUCAAAACUGCUGCUAUCUUCCUGAUGGUACUCAGUACAGCGUCAGACUUAAGCUAUAAUGUAAUAUAUGUAUUGAAAAGGUUCUCUUCUUCACGUCCUAAGCAAGUCAAUGCAUUUUUUUAAAUGAAAGACGAACACAAAUAUAUAAAUCACCUAAAAUGUACCUCAGAGAGAUGCUAUAAAUGUUCAGCUUCCUGUAAUGAGAUGACCGUACAUUAAAACAAUGGUCAAGUAUGGGGAAGAUCAACAGAUCGCUUGUGUUACUCUACAAAAAUCACAUCCAAUAAAAUGCUGUUGAAGAACGAAUCACGAAACCCUUCAUACCGCAUAAAGAACCUUGUAAAUAUCACUCUUGCUGAUGAGUUUACAACAUAAAUUGUGUUUACGGUGAAAUUGACUCUCUCAUUUACCGCAGGUUAGUAGGCGUGAUUAAAUAUUAUAAUGCAAAGCUUACAGUGUAAAAGCCGGGCGUAGCUGUUAACGCUUUAUUUAUAGCGGUGUGAAUGACCCUUCUUAGCGAGGUGCUAUGCUACAAAUGCAUCAGACGGUGGCUUUGGAUGAUUGGCUCCCUGCCAGUGGCUGAUGCAUCACUUCCACCACACGUACUUUAGCCAAGUGAACCCUGAUGCCGACUACAAGCCAAGACAAAAGUACCAGCUUUGAUUUAUACGGCUGAAAAUAUAGUUGAAGGUUGCAGAGUAUACAGCAAUUUGAAUUUAACGCUGUUUCUCAUGUUUAUGGGACGCUUGCAGUAAAUUUUAAUUUCCGGAACGUUGCUUUUGUUCUGAGAGACGCAGCACGGGUCAGCGGAGAUGGAUUUGUGAAACACUGGCUGUAUGUCUGUUUUCUCCAAAGGCAUGCAUUAUGAUUGGGAUUGUUGCAUUGCGCUUUAGUCAACACCAAAUUUAUAGCUCAAAUGCAUCAAUAAAUGUAUCAGCUUUUAUUUUAUAUGCAACAGCUUGUGUUGAAGUCUUAUUCUGAGUUUGAAAGUGAGUGACUCCAAGGAAUGGUUUGCCUAUAAAAUUAAAAUUCUGCCAUUGUUUA